AAAAGAAAAUGGAAAUAAAAAAAAGGCAAACUUUCUUGAACGUUUAGUUAUAUUAAUGUAUUGUGAAAUAAUACUUCUUAUAUGAAUUUUAUAGAUAUGAACAUAAACCUUUAGUAAAAGUUAUUGGAUUGCAGUUAAUUCCAGAUCAUUGUAUGAUUAAAGAUUUAUCGUUACUAAAGGAAAUGAAUCCGUCUAUUCGAACCAAAUGUUUUUUUGAAAUUGAAAUUAAAGGAGAUCAAAAAUUAGGAUGCAUUCAAUUUGAACUUUAUAAUGAUAUUGUACCUCAAACAUGUAAAAAUUUUGCAGAAUUAUGUCGUGGAUUUAAUGGUUUAUCAUAUAAGAAUACACCAUUUCACCGAAUUGUUUCUGGUUAUUGGUGUCAAGGUGGAGAUGUUACAAAAUUUAACGGAAGUGGAGGAAUUUCCAUAUAUGGUGAUUUUUUCGAAAAUGAGAAUUAUAAUUUACGUCAUGCUGGUCCUGGAAUUUUAUCUAUGUGUAAUGAGAAUGAGAAUAAAAGUAAUUCCAAAUUUAAUCUUACUUUUAAACAGUUAGAGACGGUAAACGAGAAAAAUGUAGUUUUUGGAAAAGUUAUUGCAGGUCUUUCAAAUAUUUAUAAGAUCGAAGAAUUUGGAACAAAAACAGGAAAACCAUUUAAAACAAUAAUUGUAUCUAAUUGUGGUAUUAUAUAAA